AUGAAGGACGACAGUGAAGUCGAGAAGGGGAAUGAAAAGCAUGGAGAAAAAUUUAGCGAUGUCGACUUGAAGGUGGAGGCGUAUGCAGAGGGGGACUACAGACUGCUCAGAUAUCUACCAGAUGGAUCCUGCGUUUUCGAAGAAGUACCAAAUGAAGAAAAUAAAAAUAUGAAAAAUUUACAACAGUAUGCACAGUUGUUCUGUUCUGCAAUGGAAAAAACGAUCCAGAUAAAAAGUAAUGACCAGAAUUUGAAAAAUAAUAAAGAAUGGACACAAGGAGAAGAGUACAGAGUGAUGGUGGAGGAAGAACUAAAAGAAUUGAUGGUUUUAUUUGACCUGAUGUUAGGAACACUGAAUUAUGAUAAGGGCACAAGGUAUUUAACCCUAAAUAAGUGUAACUAUGUAAGGGAUAUAAAAGCUAACAAGCAGGACAUAUGCAUCGCCGUUACGACCAGGAAAGAACUCCUACAGAAGUUGCGAAAAUUGUGUGAAGAAACAAGAAAGCAAAUUAAUUCCAUAAACGGUAUUGUUGCACAGAAAUAUUUUUUACAUUUUAUCAACCAACUUAUACAAUACUGGAAAGUAUUAAAUAAGAAAUAUUCCGAAAUAGAUUAUUUACAACUUGAUAAUAAUUUCCCCUACGUUACGGAGGUCUCUGUUGAAUAUUUUUUUUUGCCUUCUCAUUUUUGGAACUUUUCUUCCAACCCGAUAUUUCUCUCCUGGCCACCUUACCCCUCCUUCUCUCCCUUCAAAUCGCAGUAUGCGCAUAUCACUUUUUCGUUGGGUGGGUUAGAAAAGGAGAUAAAGGGGGGAAUACAUAAUCAGACUACAGGUUGCACUAUUGACGAAGCUCCAUUUAAGCAUAAACCCACCAAAAGGCAGGGCAUCGCACAUGAAAUGUUUCCUCCUUUUGGUGAGGAGUACAAUUUUAAUGAUCCAACAGACGGUCUACAAAAUAGACACAGGAGCUACAAACCGAAUGGAGGUAUAGUUAAUGGAGAUCACACACUCAUUAACGAUGAAUAUAAAACAACUGAACAGAGUUAUAACUUUUACUACCCAAAUGUGAAGGAAGAAGAAUUAAAAAUAUUUAGCAUACUAGACAGGAUGAGCGUCAUUUCCAUCCAGUUCGAAGGAAUAGCUGCUCACUUGAUCGAGAAUAACUACGCCAUCCAAUUUGACUUGUCUCCAUUAAACGUACAGCUAAAGAAUGAAUUAAAAACGCACACAAUGGGAAACCCCGCAUCUGGGGGAAACACCUUUCCAGAAAGAAUAAUUCCAGAAAAUAUUUUUUUUGAACAAGCCAAAAAGAUACACACAAAAUUGACAACUGCACAGUGGGUACUGAUAGAUAAAUCUAUUUUCUACAUUCUAGCCGAACAAGCAAAUAAUUUGAAAGACAGAAAUAAUAACCUUUCACUAAACCUUCCCAGCUUGACGGGGAAAGGGAAGAAAAUUAAAAUUCACUGCACAGACAUAAAUCACAAGUGUUUGGAGUUCCUCAUAAGCGACGUUCCGAUUCCCUCCAUUGGGAGUAAAUCCAUUCCGGUGGAUUUUUGCUUCACCGUGAUGUAUGAACCAACUGAGGGGGUUCACAGUAAAUUGGUGGAAAGAAGUGCCAACCACAGUGGCAAGCCCAAUGGGGAUGAUUUCCCUGGUCGUACCCAACUUAAUGGUGACGGACGGAACGGCCAAGUCACGCUGGACUACGAACUCGUGCAAUUGUUCCUUCAUUUGUCCCUCGCGAAGAUAAGGGAUUUGUUUAUUUCCUCAUGGAAAUAUUUCUCCUUCGAAAUGCCGUACUACUCUGCAGACAUCCAUCCGCUCAUUUACCAAAAUGUUUUCCCCGACCCGCGCUCCGACAAUUUAAUCACCAGUUUUUUUUCAUGGUUCAUUGCGUCCAUGGAGAAGUAUUUGCGCGCUAGUGGGGGCACGUCGGUUGGUUGA